AUGGCUGGUACGAGAAACUAUGACUUUUUGAUCAAGCUGUUGUUAAUUGGAGAUUCGGGCGUGGGGAAAUCAUGCUGCCUCCUGCGUUUCAGCGAGGACUCCUUCACACCAUCCUUUAUCACCACGAUUGGUAUUGAUUUCAAGAUUCGAACUAUCGAGCUUGACGGCAAACGCGUAAAGCUGCAGAUAUGGGAUACUGCCGGCCAGGAGAGGUUUCGAACCAUUACAACGGCAUACUAUCGGGGUGCAAUGGGGAUACUUCUGGUUUAUGAUGUCACAGAUGAAAGAUCGUUCCAGAACAUUCGUACAUGGUUCUCAAAUGUUGAACAACACGCAAGUGAGGGCGUGCAUAAAAUACUUAUCGGAAAUAAAUGCGACUGGGAGGAAAAGCGAGCCGUCUCGACUGAACAAGGACAACAACUUGCUGAUGAGCUGGGCAUUCCAUUCUUAGAGGUAUCCGCUAAGAACAAUAUCAACAUCGAGAAAGCCUUCUACAACCUGGCAUCGGCCAUCAAGAAGGGUAUGGAUACAUCGAAAUCAGAACAAGCGGGACCACAGGGUGUCAAUAUAGACCCCCAGGGAUCGGGAACUGCUGCAGGCUCUGGCGGAAAGUGUUGCUAG